UUGUGUGAUGUCUGCAGCCCUGGCUGGAUCACAAUGCAGAGCACCCCAGGUCCUGAAUGCAGCAGUGCUGCCCAUGGAGCCCAGCCUUGCUCUGCAGAGGUCAGUUGAGGUACCUACCAUGCAGAACCUUCCCUCGGCAUCAAGGAGGAAAUAAUAUUUUCAGUGUUUGUAAGGCUUGGAGAAUUAAUUCCUAUACACAACCAAAAAUUUAUAGACAGUGUCAGACUUAACACAUCAGGAAAAGAGAAAGGAAGGCCCCUAAGAAUUUACUAGAGAAAUUACUCAUCCACAUAGUAAUAUCUUCCUAGACCUCACUAUCAAAAUCUUUAUUUAUGGCCAGAAGAAUAAGUAUUUUAUAAUCUCAUUAAAAACAAAAGUAUCCUGGAUACAUCAUGUUUUCAAGUACUGGCCUCAGCAUUAUCUUGUGAAUGAGAGGAGCUCUGGUUCAUUUUCCUUUGUAGGAAGUGCCCAUCUUUACCUGUCUUCUCUAUCCACCUUGAGCUGUCUCCCUCUUGCUCUCACCAGCUGUCUCAUUAUGAGGGUGGAUGCUGGAAGAAGUGGAGGACCAGAGCAGAAGAUACACAAACAGCACAUGAUAUUUCCAAAAUGAAUGGGGUUCACAGCUGAUUGUUCUAAACGCAGAUUUCUGUUUCAACAGGUGCUGAAGGCUAAGAGCGGUGUCCUGAAAAAGACCUAAUGUUUUGCUUGCAUUAAUUUAAUGUUAUUUGGACUUUUGAAUCAAUCCUUCCCUCACCUCCCCAGCCACUUACAGAAGAAGAGACCUCCUAACCCCUCAGCAGGAUGAACAAGACCAAGGGUGCUUUUGAUAGCCCAGAACUUUGGAGCCCAGGCUGCAGACAGAGCAGCACCUCCCUGACCAGUCUGGCACCACCCUUUGCAUCUGGCCAGCAGGCUAUAGACACAGCCCUGAACAUAAUCCUUAUUGUGGUCCUCCUGGUCAUCAUGGUGUCUCUGGGAUGUACAAUAGAGAUAGCCAAGAUCACAACUCACCUCAGGAGACCUAAAGGUGUGGCAAUAGCCGUGUUGGUUCAGUACAGCAUCAUGCCCUUAACAGCAUUCAUACUGGGCAAGCUCUUCCAGCUGGGCACCUCAGAAUCCCUGGCCAUCCUCAUCUGUGGCUGCUGCCCAGGGGGAAACCUCUCCAACAUCUUUAGCCUGGCACUGAGAGGGGACGGGAACCUCAGUGUUGUAAUGACUGCAUGCUCCAUGGUCCUGGCCAUUGGAUUAAUGCCACUGCUUCUCUACCUUUACUCGGGAGGACUAUAUGAGGAUGAUUUGCAGGGCAAGGUACCUUACAAAGGAAUUAUCACCUCCCUGGUGCUGAUGCUAAUCCCCUGUGCCAUCGGCAUCAUCUUGAAUGAGAAGAAACCACAGUACACUGGCCUUAUCACCAAGGCAGGGAUGGUUAUGCUUCUACUGUCAUCUGCUGCAAUAAUUGUUCUGUCUGUGGCCAAUAUGGGAAGCUGUAUCAUGGUUGUCUUCUCACCAUCUCUCCUGGGAACUUCUGCCUUAAUGCCCCUUACUGGAUUCCUGCUGGGCUACGCCGUCUCUGCAGCCUUCAAGCUUGAUGACCGGUGCAGGCGGACAGUGUGCAUGGAAACUGGCUGCCAGAAUGUACAGCUUUGCUCAGCUAUCCUCAAGGUCACCUUCACCCCAGAGAUCAUUGGCCCCCUGUACUUCUUCCCACUACUCUACUUGCUGUUCCAGCUUGGAGAAGCAUUUCUGAUCAUUUUGGUCUUUCGGAUUCAUGAUAGAAAAAUGAAAGCCAAUGAUGCGGCAAAAAUUAUCUCUGCAAGUGUGGACACAUUUAGCGCUGAAGAAAUUAAAUCAGUGUCAAGACAUUGCAGAAACAGUGGAAAACCAGAAAAACAAUAUACGGAUUCUGAAGCAGUUGCUCUCACAACCCUCCAAGCUCUACCUUCUGCAGCCAGCUCAUAGGUCUCCAGCUGUUCUACCAAACUUACCUAUACACUCACUUCAGCAGCCACAGAGCCAUCUGCGCCCACACUUACUCCCCCAAAGACCUCACUCCAGACUAAGCCUUGCUCUGUCAGCCCAGAAAGGAGGAGACCUUCAGUGACUUCAAAGUCAUUGUGACAACCCUUUGGGACAGCUGAAAAACAUGCCAAGUGACUGUCCCAGUUUUACCUGUAAGAAAACCAUCGCCUACAUCAGUUCCCUUUCUUAAUUUCACUUACCUGUAACUGCCCUGCUGGAACAUAAUGGAAGCAGAUCCUGACAAUAUCACUGCAGAUUAAUGUAAUUUCUCUAACAGACCCAGAAUGAGCUGUGAAAGUUUCUCCACUGGCAGAAGCCCAUGAGAUUGAAUUCACAGGCAAGGAGCCCAUGGGCUGUUGGUUUCUCCCAUGCUCCAGGAGGUACUGUGUGGUACCAUUGAUCACCCAGAGCAGAGGGCACACAAACCAGGAUCAUGGCUACACAAACUGCAUUUGUAUGCUGAGUUUGGGCCCAGCAGCUGUACCUCCAAUAUCAGAUGAAUCUUAAAUGUGCCUUCUUUUGCAGCCGUCAGUGAACUCAACACCACACCUGUUCUAGACACCACCUAGGUACGGUCACACUACACAGCACCAGGGAAGAUUGGCAUCUCCAUCUCUAAUGUCCAGACCACACCUUGUAACCCAAAGUAGUUCAUCUUAAUUAGGAAUAAACUGGUUUGUACCAAGAACCUACAC